GAUGGCCGAACCGCGCUUUAACAAUCCCUAUUUUUGGCCUCCGCCUCCAGCGAUGCCCAGCCAGUUGGAUAACCUGGUGUUAAUCAAUAAGAUCAAGGAACAACUGAUGGCGGAAAAGAUCCGACCUCCUCACCUGCCUCCUACUUCCGUCCCUUCGCAGCAAUCUCUGCUCAUCCCCUCCUCGCCAGCGGAGACCAGCCAGUCCGUCAUGUCUCUACAGAAGCUACAGCAAGUCCCAGGACUGCACCCACAAGCUGUCCCUCAGCCAGACGUGGCGCUGCAUGCCCGGCCUGCAACCAGCUCUGUCACAGGGCUGGGCCUUUUAUCGUCCCGCACAAACGUCAACACUUCAGAAUCCAGCACCGGUACCAGCAGCGGUAACCCCUCCAUUCCAACUUCCAACAGCCAGACUCGACUUAUCGCCACCUCCCCGACCCUCAUCUCAGGACUCACCAGCCAACCAAUGCUGGACACCAUAAAGACCAUCCAGGGGCACAGCCUGCUGGGGCCCUCCAAACCUGAGAGGGGGCGCAAGAAAAUCAAGGCGGAGAACCACCCUGGAACCCCAGUGCUUGUUGUCCCCUACCCCAUCCUGGCUUCAGGAGAUAUUGGAAAAGAGGGCAAGACCUACAGGUGUAAAGUUUGCCCCCUGACCUUCUUCUCCAAGUCAGAGAUGCAGAUUCACUCCAAAUCCCACACAGAGGCCAAACCUCAUAAGUGCCCGCAUUGUUCCAAAUCGUUUGCCAAUGCUUCAUAUCUAGCACAGCAUCUGCGCAUCCACCUCGGUGUCAAACCCUAUCACUGCUCGUACUGUGAGAAAUCCUUCCGCCAGCUCUCUCAUCUCCAGCAGCACACCAGGAUUCAUACUGGUGACCGGCCUUACAAGUGCCCGCAGCCUGCCUGUGAGAAGGCGUUCACCCAGCUCUCCAAUCUGCAGUCUCACCAGCGACAGCACAAUAAAGACAAGCCGUACAAGUGUCCUAACUGUUACCGGGCGUACACGGACUCCGCCUCGCUUCAGAUCCACCUCUCGGCCCACGCGGUGAAACACGCCAAGGCGUACUGCUGCAGUAUGUGCGGGAGAGCAUACACCUCUGAGACCUAUUUGAUGAAGCAUAUGUCCAAGCACACAGUGGUCGAGCACCUGGUCAAUCAUCAUUCUCCUCAGAGGACCGACUCUCCUGGCAUUCCUGUUAGAAUUUCCCUCAUAUAAACCAUGAGGAGGAAUCCCAGCCCAGGAGCCGGUGACCAAAUGCCGAUGGCGGCCUGGGCUGCAGUGCGCUUAAUCCUCUUUCUGUGGAAGCAGCUACCUUGUUGGGAUGGCUCUGGGGCCUGGACUUGCUCCCUCUUUAUUCACCUUUCUCUGGAGCACCUGUCAUGCACUUGGGUUCCCUGACAACCGUUGGUGUUGUCAGUGACCACCUCUUGUGGCAGCUUCUUGAGGACCUUCUACAUUUCACUUCUCUAUGAGUACACGUGGAUUUUACCUCUUCUCGGUUGCCCUUGGGAUUACAAACCUUACUUGGCCAAACUGUUGUGUCAUACACGUGUUUAACUGGACUUUACCUUGGAGUAUAAAAAAACUAAACAAAACAAAAAAAAAAAGAGCUUCUGAUUGGCUGCCACUUGGAAUGAUCCUGGAUUGGCUGAAUUUUAAUGUUAGUGAGAUUCUGAUUGGCUGCUCUAACUGUACAUUGAUUUGCCCAAAUUAUUUUGGUGGCGUGCAAAGUCCCCAGCCUGGCACUUUGAAUCUCUCGCAUUUUAUAUUGGUUCGUGUUUAACUUUUUUAUUCUCCAUUUUUUUUUUUUUUUACACAUGAGAAAACAAUAAAACCCUAUUUAUUGGCCAAGAAUUUGGUGCUGCUAAAACAAAGCAAAACAAGCCGUGAACACGUUAGAACUGCGUUUGCUGAUUUUUAAUCAAAAUACUGCAGAAUUCAGCACCCAUCCUGGGAAGGAGACGGAGCGGCUGCCUAGAUGAGGAGAAGGCGGCUUUUCCAUGCUUGGCUGCGAGCGGAGUGUCAGGAGGAGGCACAGUUCCUCUACUUGUCUGGGGGUGGCUUGUCAUCCUAGAUGAGGAGGGUAGGAUUCUUCUGUGGGUGAAGUGUUGGCACAGAUGAGGAAGCAGGGUUUCUAUCCCUGGCUGUGGGCAGGGUGUCAACUUAGAUGUGAAGGUGGGGUUCCUCUCCCUGGCUGCAGGCACAGUGCUGGCCUAGAGUAGUAGGAGGGCUUCCUCUCCCUGGCUGUGGGCACAGUGCUGGCCUAGAGUAGUACGUGGGGUUCCUCUCCCUGGCUGUGGGCACAGUGCUGGCCUAGAGUAGUACGUGGGGUUCCUCUCCCUGGCUGUGGGCACAGUGCUGGCCUAGAGUAGUAGGAGGGUUUUCUCUUCCUGGCUGUAGACAAAGUGUUGGCCUAGAUAAGAAGGUGAGGGUUUCACUGCUUGUUAGGAGGAGGCACAGUUCCUCUACUUGUCUGGGGGUGUAGUGUUGGCCCAGAUGAAGAGGUGGGGUUUCUAUCCCUGGCUGUGGGCAGAGUGACAACUUGGACGUGAAGGUGGGGUCCUUCUACCUGGCUGUGGGCACAGUGCUGGCCUAGAGUAGUAGGAGGUGCCACUCCCUGGCAGUGGGCACAGUUUUGGUCUAGAUAAAGAGGUAAGGUCUAUCACUAUCUGGCUUUGAAGGUGGGAAGUUUUGGCCUAGAUAAGGAAGUGGGGUUUCUCUCCCUGGCUGUGGGCAGUUUUGGAGGAGGCGGGGUUCCUCUCCCUCGCUUUGUAUGGAAUGUUGGUGUAGAGGAGGAGGUUGGGUUCCUCUCCCCGGUUGUGGAUGAGAUGUUGGUGUAGAUGAGGAGGUGAGGUUCCUCUCCCCGGUUGUGGAUGAGAUGUUGGUUUAGAUGAGGAGGUGGGGUUCCUCUCCCCGGUUGUGGAUGAGAUGUUGGUGUAGAUGAGGUGAGGUUCCUCUCCCCGGUUGUGGAUGAGAUGUUGGUGUAGAUGAGGAGGUGGGGUUCCUCUCCCCGGUUGUGGAUGAGAUGUUGGUGUAGAUGAGGAGGUGGGGUUCCUCUCCCCGGUUGUGGAAGAGAUGUUGGUGUAGAUGAGAAGGUGAGGUUCCUCUCCCCGGUUGUGGAAGAGAUGUUGGUGUAGAUGAGAAGGUGGGGUUCCUCUCCCCGGUUGUGGAUGAGAUGUUGGUGUAGAUGAGGAGGUGAGGUUCCUCUCCCCGGUUGUGGAUGAGAUGUUGGUGUAGAUGAGGAGGUGGGGUUCCUCUCCCCGGUUGUGGAUGAGAUGUUGGUGUAGAUGAGGUGAGGUUCCUCUCCCCGGUUGUGGAUGAGAUGUUGGUG